AUGGAUUAUUCUACUAAUCUUACAUUCAUAUCCUUGGAAGGGCAUGUGGAGCUGGAGAAAUAUAGAUAUGUUUACUUUGUAAUUUGUCUCUCAGUUUUUAUACUGAUUAUUUUUUGCAAUUCUGUUGUCAUUUCUGUGAUUUACGCAAACAAACCUCUCCAUGAGCCGAUGUACAUAUUCAUUGCUGCUUUACUUUCCAAUGAUCUCAUUGCAACAGUUGCAUUUUAUCCUAAGUUACUGAGCGAUUUUGUGUCUGAAAAACAAAUUAUUUCUCAGGGAGGCUGUCUGGUUCAGACCUUUUGCCUUUAUACAUGUACUGGAUCAGAAUUCGCACUGUUAUCAGCUAUGGCCUAUGAUAGAUAUGUGUCCAUAUGUAAACCACUAGAAUAUGCAACUCUUGUAAAAAUGUCCACUGUUAAAAAGCUCUUAUUUUUCUGUUGGUUUGUGCCCUCCUGUGAAAUGGGCAUAGCGGUAAUUCUUUCAUACAGACCCCUGUGUAGAUUUAAAUUAAACAGAAUAUACUGUAAUAGUUACUCUGUUAAUAAAUUAACUUGUGGAGAUUUAACUGUUGUGAAUUUAUAUGGAAUGAUUGUUUUACCCCUUGUUGUCUGUCCACCUGUCAUGUUUGUUAUCUACUCAUAUAUCAGAAUACUUCAUGUCUGUUUAAAGAAUUCAAAAGAUUUCAGAAGAAAAGCUCUACAGACCUGCUUCCCACACCUUUUCAUUUUCACCACUUUCUCUGUUAUUGUAUGUUUUGAAGUGAUUAACAGCAGAUUAGAAGGAAAUAUACCUCAUUUAUUUUCUGUGAUAAUGUCAAUUCAAAAUUUAUUCAUCUCUCCUCUCCUCAAUCCGAUUAUGUAUGGACUGAAGCUGCAGGAGAUUUGGAAUAGGAUUAAGAGAAUGUUUUGGAAGAAAAAGACUCAUAUUUUUGUAAAUUAA